AUGCCUAUCCAUGGGAUCAGCGCAACGCAACUGAUCGCUGCAGGGAGGGAAUACUACGAAAAGCUGAAGAAGCACGGCGAGGUCAAGGACGACAAAAAGGUGCUCCUCAAGCUCAUCCGCUCAAAGCUCAACGGCAACCACACCGCCUCGGAACUGGACGAGCCCCUGGAGUACAGCUCGAGAUGCAAGACGAGGGCCGUUCUCGUUGUCACGUCCUAUCGACAUCAACGGCAUUCAGGUCACCAAGCUGGCGUCCAAGCUGCUGAUGAAGAAUAUAUUUCCGAGCACCCACGGUACAAUCUGUUCGAGGCCAACUGCCAGAACCUGGCCGAGGCCCUCGUCGUGGAACUCUGCAACGGGAAGGUCAUCAGCCAGUCCAACCUGGGCGAAGAGGUCAAGAUGCUUUCGACGAGGAUGUCAUCAACCCUGCUGAUGAAGAUGUCUCUUGACCGCACUGCAUUGCGGGAGCUGAAAUCGGACAUCAAGACGGCAGGAGAUCGUCUGAUUGCAGCCAGAGGAUCCAAAGCGAUACAUGAAUGA